AUGACUAAAAACACAUCCUCUCAGGUAAUAUGCACCACUAGAUACUCCAGGAUCGUAAAAUUGGGUAACAAUGUUGUUGCAAAAUCGGUCAAGUUAGAAGGUCAAAGUGCCCCACAUGAUGUUGAAACAGAAUUACAAAUACUACAGAAGUGUAAACAUCAAAACAUUAUUCCGUUAUUGUCUUCAUCAUUGAGUAAAGGAGUAGUUGAGUUUACUAUGCCCUAUAUUACUAGUGAUUUAUUCCAGUUUAUGAAAUGCCAAUAUCGUACGUCACACCGAGCAUAUUUAGAGCCUUUGCUAAAUCUGUCCGAUGCAUCUGAAUCAACUGGUAAACUAAGGAAAAACAAGCUAAGUAUGAGUAGAACACUGGGUAUUAUACGCCAAAUAUUAGACGGGCUUAGCCAUAUACACUCAUUAGGGAUCAUUCAUAGGGACAUCAAACCUCAGAACAUUCUCAUAGAUACCGCGACGGACCAUAUAUAUAUAAUUGACUUUGGUAUUUCCUAUGACACAACGCAGCGAACACAUAAGUAUGGGGAGUCUGACGAUUUAAAGAUCCAUGAUGUGUCGACUUCGAUAUACAAGGCUCCCGAGCUCAUGUUUAGCGUCCGCAAUUACGGCUUGGCGGCAGAUGUUUGGUCACUAGCGGUUAUGAUUUCUCAGCUGUUUCAAGAUCAGAUAUCAACACGUUGGGUGAUACCUGCGUUUGUUGAUGAUGGUGCGGAAGAGCUAGAGGCUGGUACUGAUAUUAAGGCGGUGAUGUCAAUUUUCCAGAACCUUGGGAUUCCAUCUCAGGAGCAGUGGCCACAAGUGGUGAAAUAUGGUAGUAGUGGAUUUGUUGGUAUGUUUGGAACAGAAGGAGACGGUAACUACAUAUUUGACAAGCCAUGGCCAGAGCAACUAGCACGUGCAGAAGCGAUGUUUCCACGUCUUCGCGAAGUAAGGAACUAUCAGGAGUUUGCCAAGUUGCUGCUGCGAAUGGUUAUAUUCGACACUGAUAAGCGAAUCACCUCAGCCGAGGCUCUUUCCACAUAUAAUGAAAUUACUCAUGCGACGUAA